AACCGAUGGGUGUGACCCGGGGAACGUGCCGGCUGCCGCAGAUCACGAAAGCAUGUUGGGAGCUCGUUUCAUCUACAAUGCUGCCAAGCAAGCAGAGUAUGUAAAUGCCAGAGAAGAAGAUACAACAUUGAAGUCUGUAACUGACCGGGCAGCCCAAACAUUGCUUUGGACAGAGCUGAUCAGAGGGCUAGGAAUGACCUUAAGCUAUUUGUUUCGGGAGCCAGCUACUAUCAAUUACCCUUUUGAGAAAGGCCCCUUGAGCCCCCGAUUUCGUGGUGAGCAUGCAUUACGUAGAUACCCAUCUGGAGAAGAGCGCUGUAUUGCAUGCAAACUUUGUGAAGCCAUCUGUCCUGCCCAGGCUAUCACUAUUGAAGCUGAACCUCGUGCAGAUGGAAGCCGUCGGACUACAAGAUAUGACAUUGACAUGACAAAGUGCAUUUACUGUGGCUUCUGCCAGGAGGCAUGUCCUGUGGAUGCUAUAGUGGAGGGUCCGAAUUUUGAGUUCAGCACAGAAACACAUGAGGAACUUCUGUACAACAAAGAGAAGCUCUUAAAUAACGGUGACAAAUGGGAGACAGAGAUUGGUGCAAAUAUCCAGGCUGACUUCCUAUAUCGUUAAGCAUUCUCCUGCCGUCAGAUACUCAGAGCAGACUUCUAGCAUUUCUAUGCAUGGGAAGUCAUUCUUUACAUACAUGCCUCACAGUUCUAUCACUUUACAGAGUACCCGCUUCAGAUCCAGGGAAAGGAAUGAAGACCACCACCAACAUACCCAUUGCCUUCUAGUAAAUCACUUUUGUCCUCCACUCCACAUAAUUUUAUGUAUAUGCAGCUGACAAAGCUGUCCAACCAUCCAAUGAGCUAUUCACUGCUACCUCCUGAGUUUAACAUAGUGAUCUGUGAGGCAUUGGUAUUGUAUUUUAGUGCAUUCAUUGUAGAUAACUAACCAUAAAAAGUGUCACGCCAUGUAAUUUAUUCUGUCAAUCUUUAACAUGAAUAUGGGUUUGGAUAUGCCAUAACCCCUACACAUUUCUAAAGCUACAAUGGUUUGUACAGUCUCUCUGUUUAGGAUUCUGGGAGUAAAGCUUUGUGGGUUUCUGACAUCAGCACUGCAUAUUUAUGCCUCUGCUAUACUAAUGUAUUUCUUAAUAAAAUCUGAUCCUGUUUGAGUUUA